CCGACCCUCUCCUCCAGCACACUCACUGAACGCAGCCGAAUCCAGCUCCAAGGUCUGGAGGUGACAUGGCCACAGGAGUCAUCAGGAAUUUCCACAUUCAGGCCUCGACUCCUGCCUACUUCCACACUUUCUUGCACUCUCCAUGCAAGAAGGAUGAGGGUUGUCAGAUGAGGGAGAAGCCACAGGAACGAGAAGAUGAAGAAGAUCAAGAUGAAGAGGAGGAGGAGGAUGAAGAAGAAUGCUUGGAUCAGUUCAUUCUGAAUCCUGCUCAGAAUGUUCUGGAUGUGACCAGUCAGUUGCUGAGGUUCGCUGACCUCAUCAGUCAUGACGUCCAGCGGUAUUUCGGCCGUUCCUCUGUGGAUCGAGAAGCUUGUGACAUCUAUGACGACUCUGUGUCUGUGGUGAGCAGCGGCCGGCUGCGUUAUUAUGAUGACCUGCUGAGGAUCGCAGGUGCGGGGACUCCGGAGGAGCAAGCCAACGGUGGGGUGGCUCCAGAUGACAACCCAAGACGCAGCGGUUUAGGGCCCCUGGCUGACCUGUUCGACCACAAGGGCCUGAGUCGACUCAGGGUCCAGCCAAUGAUCAACAGGCACCUCCCACUAAGUUUCUGGACUGAACCAGUUUCUCGCUGCCCUCUGGUCAGAUUCAGCAGCACACCUGCCAUCACACACACGAGCAGCAGCUCACCUGGACAGACCGACAGUGGCAGACACACACAUUACAACCCACUGGGUCCCAGUAUGCAGCACGGCAUGACCGGCACGGAGCCAGACUUCAGUGACCUGCUGGCCUACUGGGACCCACACCUAGAGUUCUCUCAAACACUGAUGGAUGACACACAUGCAGAAUGA